AUGGCACCCUCAAAAGAACUUCUCGCAAUUCUACUAUUCCAAGCCGUUGGCAUAUAUGCUCAGGCACCAGUCUAUGGCCAAUGUGGAGGCAUAGGAUGGACGGGGGCGACGACAUGUGCUUCUGGGUCCACAUGCGUAUACUCAAACCCUUAUUAUUCUCAGUGUCUCCCAGGUUCGAGUCCGAACCCGACAACUACCCUCGCUACAACUACUAGGACAACUACCAGGGCUGGAACCACACCUGUCACAACCACUACUACUACUGCGAGAACUACAACAACUACCCCAAGCGCGCCUGGCAAUGAACCAGCUACAUUCACUGCUAACCCCAAUAUUGGCCCUGGGGGUAGCAGCUUCAGAGACUCUCCUCAUUUCCGCGUCUAUGGCGCUACAAGUACAUCCGCUGCAGAUGCCGCACUCAAUAUGCUCGAGGCCGCUUACAGCUGCUUUGUUGGUACCCUAGGUUGGCGGUCACCGGGUCUCUCUUACAAUGAUAACACGGAUGAUGACGGCCCCUGGACUAAGAUCAAUAUUUAUUCCGUCAGCACCCUCCCUGGUGCAGCCGGCGUAAUGCACGCAGAUUAUGCUACUGGUAUGGCCUGGUUGGAGGUUGUUCACCAAUACCUCACCAUUCCUGGUGUAACAGUCCAUGAGCUUGGCCAUGGAAUGCACUACCAUGAAAAGACCUGGGUUGAUCAAGGUCGAACGGGAGCUUGGUGGGAGACUGUCGCCAACUUUGUUGCUGACACUUUCAAGACUUCUCCACUGUGCGCAAGUGCACGAUCACAAUAUGGGCAAUCUGCCACCGCCACUGAAAUAAACUUGAGCAAAGUUAUUGGGGAUUCCUUCCAAGUCAUCGUUGAUGGUUCCGUAAAUACUGGAAACUAUUACGAGGCUUGGCCAUUCCUUGCUUAUCUGACAUAUAACCCUGACGGUUACAGUGGACUUGGUACCAAUGCUCUUCGCAACCUCUUCCGACAAUACGCCAAAAAUAGUAACGAGACCCCCCUCCACACCCUUGCUCGUGUCUCCAAUGCCGGAGUUCCAAUAAUCGUCGGACGGUACUGGGCUCGUAUGGCAUAUGCCGACAUCGGUCAUCCGACUGCUGGCCAGGUCUUCCUUAGCCAGCGCAGCCGACUCAACUACGCUAAUCUCGACUCUCAAGGCAAUAAUGCUUACAAGCCUAAGUCCGCUCGUCGCCCACUGUAUAUGGGUGCAAACAUCGUCCCAUUGAAGAAGUCUGGCGCUGUCACUGUUAGUGUUUCAGUCUCUGGUGCCACUCUUGCGUAUACCGCCACUCUUUCCAUCAGAAACACCAGCUCUGGUUCCACUCGCUACGUCAAUCUGUCUGGUGGAUCAGCCUCCGCGUCUGUUGCCAGCGACGAAGAAAUCACUUUCGUGAUUGCAAAUACACCCGCGAACCUUAUCCUCUAUGAUGCAUUCAGCCUGUCUAGUGAGGUUAAAAAUGGCCUUGACUACUCCGUCACUAUCACUGGAGCGACACCGUAA